AUGACGGAGUUCAUAAAUUUGCAAGCCGCUUAUGACUACUACAACGAAUACAGUCGGAUUAAGGGAUUCUCGGUGAGGAGGUUGAAGGUGGAUCGCAGAACAAAGCAAGGGUCGGAGGGUGAAAUCAUUUGGCAGAUAUUCGUGUGCUCGAGGGAAGGAGAGCGAGAGGGAAAAUACAUGCAAAAGGGAGACAUGAAAAUGGAUCCUCGAUCUAUCACACGUGCGGGGGUGGACCAUUAUAUGAGGAUGGUGGUGUUUGGUUGCGCAAUUUUGAGCAAUGAGAGAGAAGAUAGCUAUGUGUGGUUGUUGCAGUCAUUUCUUGAGGCAAUGAAAGAAAAACAGCCGAAGUCCGUCAUGACGGACGAGGAUCUUGCAAUGAAGAGUGUGGUUGGUGCAGUUUUUCUCGAGAUUGACGAAUUGGAGAGAAUAUGGAUGGAUAGUGUGGUAGAUUUCGGGUUACAGCACUAUCCAUGGAUAGCUGACAUGUAUGCAAGGAAGCAUUCAUGGUCUAAUGCGCACAUUCAGAAAAAAUUCUUUGCAGGACUGAAGAUAACAUCGAGGUGCGAGGCGUUGAAUAUGCAGAUAUCUUGCCAUCAUGACGAUCUCUACCUUGCUGCUCUAGCCCUGCCAACCUAUGCGCAACAAAGAUAG